AGUUUUAUUUUUAUUUUUUACAUUCAUCUAGGUAACAAACUCAAAGAUGACAGACAAGGGAGACAAAGACAAGAAAGUGGAUCUUGGUCUUCUGGAAGAGGAUGAUGAAUUUGAAGAAUUUCCUGCAGAAGAAUGGAAACGUGAUGAAGAAGAUCAAUCAGAUAACAAUGUAUGGGAAGACAACUGGGAUGAUGACAAUGUAGAAGAUGACUUCUCUAAGCAACUUAGAACUGAACUUGAGAAACAUGGUCACAAAGUCAACAACCAAGAGCAAGAGCCGAUGAGAUCAUAGCAUUUGUAAAAAUCAUCCUCUGUAUAUUUUGUAUCAUAAUGUUUGUAAAGAUGAAAUCGUAGCAGAUUUCAUUCCAUUUGGGGCACGAAAAGGAUUGUAAUCAUAUUUGUUCCCAUCAUAAGUUAUUUUCCUGUAACUUAAUGCUCUCAAUUACGACCAUUGCAGCAACUGUAACUAUUCUCGUAAUCAAGAUUUAUACUAACUGCAUUGUGCCAAUAUAUGGUAGAUCUGGGGUUAGUUUCAGAAAGAGUUGCAAUUAAAAGUAACUCCAGAAAUCAAACAAAACUUAAAUUUUAACCAAUCAGAAGCGUGUGUUUGGAUUUGUACUUUGUAGUUGCAUUUCACACAACUCUUUGAAUCCUUGGCCCUUGCAACUAGAAACUUUUACUUGUAUUUGAUGGUUAGUUUUGGUAGACAAUGGUGUAGAGGUGCAAGGGUAUGAUAGAGUGACCUCUUGCAUAAAUCUUUGAAGUGAUGCGAAUUUGUGAGCACAUGCGAAUCGAUUUAAAAAUAAUCAGAAGUAUAACUUUCAGACUUCUAAAGUUGUAAUUUACUGCAAAGUUAUGCAGCAAUCUUGUACAUCUACAGUGUAAUUCAUAUAUAAAGAUAAGUGAUAAUGAUUUUUGUCUCGCCUGCAAUGCACAGCUAGACUAUAGCUGCAACUUUUCCGGCGGUCGCUGCAUCAACAUCAAAUCUUAACCGAAGGUUAAGUUUUUUAAAUGACAUAACUUAGAAAAGUAUAUGGACCUAGUUCAUGAAACUUGGACACAAGGUUAAUCAAGUAUUACUGAACAUCCUGCCUGAGUUUCAGGUAACAUGACCAUGAAAGGUUAUUAGGGUCAAUGAACUUAGACGAUGUUGGGGGAAUCAAAAUCUUAACCAAAGGUAAAAUUUUUGAUAUUUCAUCAUAACCUAGAAAGUAUAUGAACCUAGUUCAUGAAACUUGGACAUAAGGGUAAUGAAGUAUUAUAUAUUGAGUGUUUUAGCAAUACAUUAUUACAUAUUUUGGUCUGCAUCAAUUGCCUGUGCAGUAUAAGAGAAAGUAUUAGAAAGGACAGAAAUCCGACAAAUAUUCCAUAGGCUCCUGUACAAGAUUUGCCGUUGAACAUGAGGCCUUAUUCCAGUCUAGCGUGCAUGCGUGAAAUAUACAACGCGUAUAACAAUGAAAGCAAUGCGAUGCGCAGCAUAGAGCACAAUUAUGCUCAAUGACGUCAUAAUGAACUACAUGUAAGUCACAUUUCAACAGCCAAAUUUGAUCCUAUGAUGUGAUGAUACCAUAAUGUGAUAAGUGAUGACUUGUUAAAUCAAAUUUCUCCCUCUUUUUUUUUUUUGGGGGGGGGGGUUGGGAUAGAUGAUAAUUUUUUGGGAUGGCUUUAUUCCAUGAAAUACCAGAAAUAUUCCACUUGCUAGUGCCAAUAUUCCACUCAUCUGCGAUUCGUAGUAUAUUUGCCCAAACUCUCAGGUCACAUGACCAAGGUGAAAGGUCAUUUAGGGUCAAUGAACUUUGGCCAAUUUGGGGGUAUUUGUUAAAAUUCCAAUAUAACUUUAAAGGCUUAUGGAUCUAGUUCAUAAAACUUGUACAUAAGAGUAAUCAAGUAUCACUGAACAUCCUGUACGAGUUUCAGGUCACAUGAUCAGGGUCAAAUGUCAUUUAGGGUCAAUGAACAUAGUAUUAUAUCAUUAUAUGAAUUUUUUUUAAAUACUUAUUUUAAAGUAGUUUUCAAAGUAGCACUGCUGCUUUAUUUAAUUGCAUAAUGCAGGCGAGACUGCCAGAGGCGCUCCACUUGUUAAAGUGAUUGGUUAACAUUGGUUUGACUUUUAAAAAAUCUGAGCUAGAAGGUCACACUUGUCACCUGUGUCUGUGAUAUGUUACAAAAAUGAAGCCCAGAAAAAAUUGCGUUUGAAAAUUAUUUAGUGCUUCAAAUAUUGAAAUAUAAAGUGACCGAAAACACCAUCUUAAUUUCAUCCCAUACACUUAUGUGUACUAUUUAGGCGCCUAUUUACAAAAUCGGGGUUUGCCUUGUAGUUUUAGCUUUUCAUUCUCAAUAAUGGUUGUUUUCAGGGUUUAUUAGUUCUAAUACAUGCACUUGUACACAUGUUUCAUCUUGGUUUGAGAAUUUUUUAAAUCGGCUGCUCACAAAGUUAAACAAUACCUUUAAUGUCUUUAUCUGUUGCAUGUUUAAAUUCUGAAAUUGCACUAACCUACACUAUAGUCUACCCUCUGUAUUGAGCUCUUGUAAUCUCAUCAAACCAUUAAAUACCUCAGUCACAUUUGCUCUACGGUGUCUGUAUGGCGAGUCAAAAACAGCUGUUUUAUUCAUUUUUAUUCAAACCACCUAUAUGUAGCGGGUAAAAAGACUUAAAUCAGCUGUUUUUGACUUGUUGUUUGGCCGCCAUAGAACAAAGUACAUGUAUGUGACUGAGGUAUAAGCAGGGAAUUAGUGUUGACCUACAUGUAUUUAUAUAAUAUCGAGUCAUUUGAGUGGAUUUGAGGGAGAUACAUGUACCAUGUAUUGUCCUCAAAGUAGUCUCAUAUUUUCCAAGCCUAUAUAAGGGCAAUAUGGGUUUACACACAGCUGUAUAAUUUGUAAUUGAAGUUAUUAUUUGUAGCAAUUGAUGUGCAUGUUUGCCUGUUGGUACUUCUGAUUUGGUAUUCUUGAACUUGAUGAAGUAAUCUUGAAUAAUUUAUUAUGACGUAUAUAUUCUUCGAGUGCAGGGGCGGUAUUCUGAAAAUCAUGUUCAAUUUGGUGUCAACUUUCAUGUUAUCUCUCUGAUUUAACAUGCUUCUAACAUACCCCAAAUCGGUAUUCAGAAAAUUGUUAUAUGCGUGCUAUCUUAUUUCAUAUUAUCUUCAGCCCUCCGUACUCUGCAUUGAUUUAAUUUAGUCAUAUGCGCUGUUAAAGGAAAGAUAUCACAGAAGUUAGCAGUAUACAUGCUGUGGUAUCCUAGUUACUGCUGGGCAGUUGCAGCCAGCAUUGUGAUAUAUAUUUUGCAAGUGCAUAGUAUGCAGCUAAAUAAAAGAAGAGAUAUAGAGGGAUUUGAUUGUGAAAGACUUUACCUGACAUCAUGUGUAUGAUAUAAAAUGGGUAUUGUCACUACAGUAGGAGAUAUACAUUGGCAGAAAGGCGUACAUGUAUAGCCUAGUCCCUACCAGAACACGAAAAAAAUACCAAUCAAUGAAAGUUCACAUCUGUUAAAAAAGUUCUUCCCUGACAUAACUUCUCAUGGCAGUGUCAAGUUUUCAUGUUAACUGAACAAGACUUUGCCUAACACCAUUUUUCAGAAUACCAUAACACAUCAUAUGGGGAUUGGGCUAAUUGUGUUAGCCAACACCAUUUUCAUGCUAACACGGUUUUUCAGAAUGCCGCCCUAGAUGCGCUCCCAUGAAAGUCAUGCAUAUACACUUAACACAUAUACAAGAGUUACGCUUGGGUUUGAUCAGGAGGGAUUAUGGAUAUUAUGGGCUGAUAGUUUAGUACAGAGAUGCAAUAGGAAAGUGACACAUUUUGCAGAGGAGGGAUGUUUGAAUAUUAUGGUCCCAAGUUAUACAGCUGAACUCUGGCUGGGCCAUUGUGACGCAAAAAAAGUUGAAGAGAGUUGUUCAGCUACCGUAAUCUAUGUUUUAUCAAUUUUUAUGGUAUCUUGUUGUGUGAUCCUCUUUAAGCUUCAAGGGGGUUCGAAAUAUUGCUAAUGAUAUAUGUAUAUCACACCUUUAAUAGUAUUGGCAGAUUAAUGUUUUUGAUAAAAUGAACAUGGGGUCAGAAAAUACAUUUUAUUGGACAUUGUAUUGAUUUACUCAUAUACUUGAUUCCAUAACUUUAAUGAGAGGAAAAUGUUGAAGAAAAUCUCAGUAUGAAAUUGAUCUCGUACUUCUAAAAAACAAAAAUGUGCUCCUAUUAUCACAUGUGAAAAAAUAUAUAUCACAUUUUUAACCAAGUAAUGAUUGUUUUUCAAGAUAAAUAUUGAAGGGAAAAAAGGAUUUGUCACCCAAUAUUGCUGUCAGUAUUUAUUUGACUUACCAGUACAUCACAAAUGUGCAAAUGUUUUAAACAACUUAAUAGUUAACUUCAAUAAAAUUAUUCCAUGUAUCAUAGCA